GGCCAAUAUUAGGUCGUCUUAUUGGUUCAAAAAAUGAGCCAUUUGUUAUAAGUAUUUAUUUUGGAAAAACAGAUCCUACUGAUGAAUUUUAUUCUUGAUGCACCUGCUCGUUCAUUAGUGAAAUGCUGUAUAGGACAUGGAGGAUACGGAGCAUGUGAAAAAUGCAUUGUUAUAGGAGAAACGGUACAUUCAAGGCGGGUUUAUAUUGAACUCAAUGAACCUUUAAGAACAGACGAAUCAUUUAAAAAUAAGGAACAACCUCUUCAUCAUUGUGGACAAUCACCUCUUGAACAGAUUAAUAUAGGGAUGGUUUCUCAAUUUAGAUUAGAUCCAUUUCACUUAGCUUGGCAUGGCGUGUUUAGACGAUUGCUUGAUGUGUGGCUUACAUGGAAUGGUCCAUGGAAAUUGCAUAGAGAAAUAAGAUGGAAUAUAUCUUUUCUUCUUCUUUCCAUAGCAGAUACUUGUCCAAGUGAUUUUGUAAGAAAACCAAGAUCGCUAAAAGAAUGGACAAUGUAUAAAGCUACUGAAGAACGUCGUCUAUGUCUUUAUGAUGGCAUCGUUGUUUUUAAAGAUAAUCUCCAUAAAAAUGUUUACCGUCAUUUUUUGAUGUUGCAUGGCGCUCUUACCAUUCUUUCCAGUCCCAUGCUUGUUCAAUCAGAGAUCAUGUGUUAUUAUGCUGAUGAUUUGCUAAAAGCGUUUAUUAAUCAUUCUAUUGUAAUUUAUGGUAAAAUAUUUGUGGUAUAUAAUGUGCAUGCACUUGCUCAUUUAGCUCAAGAAUGUUUGUCUCAUGGAUCGUUGGAUGAAUUUAGUGCUUUUCCUUUUGAGAAUUUUUUAAAAUCUCUCAAAAGUUUACUUAAAUCAGGUUACAAGCCUUUACAGCAAGUUGCGCGUCGUGAUAUAGAAAAAACGGUGUCAGUAUCAGUGCAUCUUUCAACUAAUGAUAAAGAAGUUACUUUGUCACAUAGACAUUAUUAUCGUGGUGAGGUCAUUGAGGGUUCUUAUUUUAAAAAAAUUUCCAUUGGUGAUGUCGUUUUAAAGAUUGGACGGAGAGACUCUUGUUUUAUGACAAUUGAUGGAAAUGUAUUUUUAUUACAAAAUGUUGUGAAAAGACGAAAAGAUAUCUACCUAAUUACGAAUAAGUUUAACAAAAAAGAAGAUUUUUAUGUAUAUCCUUUUCCUUCAUCUCAUCUCCGUAUUUUUAAAGUAUCAAAUCUGAGUGAUGAAAGAAUUGUAGUGGCAUUGGCAGAUAUUCAAUCAAAAUGUUGGUUAAUACCCUACAAAGAAUUUUUUGUUUCAGUUCCUCUUUUACAUACUAUGCCUAUGUUUUGAAUUUUUACUGAUUAUGAACAUUAUAUUA